AUGCCUGUAGGACCGAUUAAAAAUCCUCUGAUAACAAUCAAACCUGGUGCUGCUUUGAUAGAGUUUAUAGUGAAAAAAGUAACUGAUAUAGAAAAAGCACCAGAUGGCAUAACUACGCUAAAAAAUUCAACUAAGAAACAGCGGUCAAAUGUUGUGCUGAGACUAGAUGAUGUCAGAUGGCUGAACAAUUAUCUGAUAGAGUGGAGAAAAACAUCUGACGAAAAGUUCUACAUCCACGAAUUUUUGGAAAAUUCUGAAAUCAUUCUCCCAGCGCCAGAAGUGACCCCUAGAAAUCCCGAGCUCGAGGCUAGAAUUCAGAAAUUGAUACUUCAACAAAAUAGUCGGGAUUAUCGAGCUAUGACUAAGAACAUUGACUCAGUGAGGAAAAAUUUUCCUGAGGAUACAAUCGCCUACCAAAUGAAAGAAAUGAAUAGGCAUCUCAUCGCUGUUGCCCAGUUCAUCUUUUCCGUACUUGCUGGAUUUAUGUUUGGCUUUAUUGGCAUAGAAUUAAUUAUUGGUAAUUUGGACUUUGGAUUUAGAUUGUUACUGGGUAUAAUUUUUGCUCUGAUCAUUGCACUAGCUGAGAUAUAUUUCUUGGCUAAAAAACUUAAUGAAGAAGACUACAUCAUCACAAUGGAUGCUCUACCAACAAAAAAACUUCAUCAAGAAUAAUAUUAGAAAUUGUAGAAACUUUUGUUCCUUUUAGCGAUUUACAGUGUUACCCAUAUGGUCUAAACACCUUAAUUCUUUUAUUUUUUUUAUCCGUUCACAUUUAUUUACCUAAGUUGAUGGAUAAUAAUUAAUAAUACGAGGUAGGAUAAUAAAAGUGACAUAAUUUAUUACUUUUUCCUUCAUUGAAGUUUAACCUAAUGUGUUUUUAUUAUUCCUUACGAUAAGAUGUUCGUAAUGUAGUUCUGCCAUAACAGUGCAGUGACAACUUAAUAAUAAAUUCCAAAUAAUCCAACGAUA